ACCGUCCUUUUGCAAUUUGCAAAAAUAUGGCCAAUUACUUAAACCCGUCUAUGAUUAACUACAUUCCGGCUUCGGAAACCGAUACUUUUGAUCGAUCAAUCUCCUCAACUUUGGAAGGAUCGGAAUUAAAUGCCAUAACCCAAUCGCUGAGUGAUGACGCAAGUUUUCCAACAUCGUUGACUAAAUAUCAUCAGGGCGAAGCUGGGCCGUGGGAUUCCCACAGAUUCGCAAAUAAACGUUGGCCAUGCUCGGGGGUUUUCGCCGAAAAAGGAGACCAAAAUGGCUGUCGAAAUAACGAGGGCGCGCUAUCGAAAAAUCUUAUGGCUCGGAGUUUGUUCUGUUUAGAGCAAUGUCCGGAGCUAAAACGUCAUGCCUUAGUUAAAUGCGUUUUAAGCAAUCUGAACCUGCACGAUAUAAAUUUAUUAAAAUGUUACGGAUACAUUCAAUAUUUGGACAUUUCUGGCAAUCAGCUGAGCGAUUUGAAUUCCUUGGGGCACCUGCCUUUCCUAAAGUAUUUGAACGCGUCUCACAACUCGUUGGAAACGGUGCUAGAUUUUAAGAGCCCCCAAUUUUUAUGCAGCGUUAAUUUGUCCCACAAUAAUAUAAAGUCCAUUCCCGAUCUCAGCAAUUUUUGGUCUAUCGUCGAUUUGUCUUUGGCACACAACAAUAUCAAAUACAUAGACGGACUAGAGAAUUUAAAGUUUUUAGUAACUUUGGAUUUGUCCCAUAACAUCAUCGAGAUCGUGGAAAACUUGAAUAAUAUGAGAAUACGGUUUCUCUAUUUGCAAAACAACUACAUAUCAGAGUGUCACGAGGAUGAAAAUCGCGGUCUCUUUACGCUAAAAAAUCUCCGAACCUUGAACCUAUCUCACAACUUGUUGGAAAGUCUGCGGUUUUUCCAGAGAGUGAAAAAUUUGGAGACGCUAGAGAUUACGCACAAUCACGUCAGUCAACUUUUGGAUAUUUGCUACCUGAGGAACUUAAAAUACCUGGUCACGUUGAAUUUAAGUUCGAAUCCCGUAUCCAAAUUGAACAGAUAUUUGGAGGUGUGCUUCACUAACAUUAAAAAUUUGGUGACGCUUGAUAACGAGAAGAUCCAUUCGGAGUAUUGGCGUCAAAAGUACAACGAGCAAAGGGCGGGUGUGCCGCGGGGCGCAACCAACCAGAGGUUAAAAUUGCUAAUUUUGGAACAAUUCAACGAACCCGUGGUGUGGGGCUCGAUUCUCCCUUUUGAUCGGUCUCCCGUGGGCGUAAUCGUGCUAGUCGGACCGUGCGGGUCAAAUCGAAAUGCCAUUUGCAAAAAAUUUCGUACAAUUCACCGAAUAGUCGAAAUGGGAAUACUUCACACGACAAGACCGAAAUACGACGGAGAGACAGAAGGAAUCGAAUACUAUUUCGUUAGCGGGUGGGAUUUUGAGCAAAUGUUAAAAAAUGGUGAAUUUCUGACAUGCAGCGAAAUGUUCGGCCACCGUUAUGGUUUGGCGCACCAGGAAUUCGAAAAAUCAGCAAGCCGCGUGCUGAUGCUGCGAACUGACUUGACGGCAGCGUUAGUGCUGAAAACCAAAUUUUUAAACGCCAAGCUAGUGCUGGCACUGCCUAGUACCCAAAACGCACAUAUGGCUCUUCUUAAACGCCGCUAUUCCUACUCAGUAAUCGAUUUGGAAACUGAAGUGCUCGUGAAAACGUCCGACCCGGAUCGAAAUUUACUAGAAGAACACGCAAAACGCAGCCGCUUGAUUCUCGAAAGGGAGAUCAGAUCGCUGCUCGAUGACUUGAUAGAAGAAAUUUGUUUGUGGGAAUACCAGAGGUUCCUAUUGAAGAUCAAAAGCGUCGGAGGCAGCAUGGACAGCGAGUGUCUGCAAUUGUGGCGGUGGUUUGGAUCCGAAUGGUCCGCCCUGUCGUAUCGACAGAGGCUGUCGAUGUCUGAGGAUAUACAGAAAAAGAGCACGUCCAGUAACGUAAACUCGGCGCGGAAGAUCUCUAACCAAGCAACAGUUAGUUUAACAUCUAGCAAGAAAUGCGUUUCGUUCAGUGACGACGGCGACGUUGGUCGACGAUCGUCUAUCGAAAGUAAACAGUCUGCGGAACCAAGCGUAGCCAAAUUCGAUGACCUUCUCACAAACUUACCGAGCAUUCGCCAUCAAGAGGCGAAAGAUGUAGAGUAUAUUACUUAUACUGAUUCCGGUAUUGAAAGCUCGAAACUCUGGACCGUAUUCAAAACUGUUAUGGAAUCGCGGAAAUAUUUACUGGAUCUUCAUUGGUCGACGCCCGGUCUUUUUCGGGACCUGAUUUUUACUGAUGACGAGGGCGAGUCGUUAGAGAAGUUGAAACAUCUGUUAGGACAUAUGGUUAAACUGGCGAAUAAAAAUCCCAAACCCAUUAUUGAUUUUUCCAACGACACCACGUACAACGCGAUGAUGAAAACGAAACUUCGGAAAUGUUUCCUCGACCUUGACAGAGCUUCGUCCGCAUCACAGAAGCCCUAUUUGCUCGAAAAGGAAAGCGAUUACAAAUGCAAUAGAAGCAAGUGUCUACCGCGCCAUGACAAGUGCAUUAAAUUUUAGCGAAAAAACGAUUAGCGUCAGCAUCCCGCAUCAAACUUUUCACUUCCAAACAGUCAGUGUGUAUUGCAUAUUGUCCAUUAAAACAUUUUUCGUGCUUUUUUUGUGUGGCGGCAUCUCUCCUUAAACUAUGAAACUAAUUGGUUAGAAGAAACAUCCAUAGAUGGUGCUUUAUUGGCGUCAUCUCUCGUCGCGCCCUGGACGUAGUUAGACAAUGUCGUGCAUGAGGAGCAACUUUGUCGAACUGAGAAACACUUGGUUCAAGCAAUAAAAAGGGAAAAUUUAUUUGUUCCAACAACAGAUGGGCUGGUAAGUUAAAAAAAUUAUAAUCCUAUUUAUUGUAAGGUAUGUGAGUUUUAUUUAUUUUUCAAAAUUACAACCUGCACUGCCAAAUCAACAAGCACUAAUAGCCAAUGCGUUCAAAACCCGGCGCUUGAUUAAAAGUAGUCGUUAUUUAUUAAUUUUUUCUUUCUGGUGUUCAGUAAAAAGGCCAAAGUUAAAACUCGAGGCAAGAGCCGAAAGUUUUCAGAUUGAGUCCGCUUAUAUAGACAGACAAAAUAUUUUUUACUGACAUUGAGGACGCCUUUUCAAAAAUAAAUAGUUUAAAUAUAGACAGACAAUCGCGGGCACGUAAGGUUUCACAAAAACAUAUGUUUAUUUUAUGUUCAAGUAAAUAGAAUAAAUUUAAAAUGUUGCGUUUUUGCGCCCCAGGAUUUUGACUUGUCAGUCAAUCAGCGUGGCACUGAAAGUAACUGAUAUAAAUCGGCUUGAAAAAAUAGUUAGGGAAGUGACUAGAUUUUUAAAUUUAAACCAGAAAGAAGCAACAGUAACGAAUAUUUUAGUACAGUUUCAGAACAACUCCUUAUUAUUUUCAAUAUGUCCUAUUGCCUAUAAAACGUUUUUUAUCCUCUUAAUGUGAUGACUCAGACUUUAGCGUUGCGCGGUCUUGUAAUGUGGGUGGUGUUGAACGAGUCCCUUUUUUUCAAUUUCUCUAUGGCCACGGUAUACUAGUCUGUGGUUUGUAGUUGUGGUCGAGAAGCGUAACCCAU